CAAAUUCAGUGUAAAAGCUUUCUAAUAUUAUUAAAGUAGAAAAUUAAUAAAAGACAGAACUAAUGUUAGUCUGAACUUGUGUUGCCCCUCGCAAGUUUUUUCUUAUCCUCGUCCACCGUGCUCGACCGGGCUAAUAUAGACAUGCUGGGAAUGAUUUAAGAUAAUUACAAUUUCCCGGUGGGAAUAAUUUGGAUAGUAAUAAUGUUAAUGUUAAUAGUAAAAAUGUUAUCAACAGCUAUCGAAUUAGAAAUAAAUGUCUGAAAGUUAACCGACAGACAUGAUUAAUAAACAUGAAGGAAAUCCAAAAAUUCAAAUUGAAGAAGAAUUAACCUUUGGAUUUGAUUCAACCAAGAAAGAAAAACGUUUGUUGGAAUUCACUGAAGACGACUUUAUACGCUAUCAAAAUGUAUUUUUCAGUCUUAAUCCUGAAAAUGGCAGACUUUCAGCUCAUAAAACUCGAUCUGCGUUUAUUCAAUCAAAGUUGCCGAUACACGAUUUGACAAAAAUAUGGAAACUUGUCAAAGAAAACAACGACGAAGGAAUGAACCUGGUUGAAUUUUCUACUUGCUUAAGAUUAAUUCAAGCAGCUGUGUGUGGAUUGGCUAUCCCAAUAAAAUUACCACAAUCGCUGACAAAUCACAAACAGUGUACGGAGGUAAACAUUCCCAUCAUAAACAAUGAAAGAGCGAGAGCGUAUGAACUCAUCUUCUAUUGGUUACAACCAGACGUAGAUGGGAACAUUAAAGCACGGAAAGUGUUAAAUUUUUUGGCAUGUUCAAAUCUUUCUGAUGAUGUUUUGUCCAGAGUUUGGAGUUACAGUGGCGUUGGAGACGAUGGCGUUUUUUCGUAUGAGGCGUUUCUUAUUCUGCUUCAUUUGACUAUCUAUUGUAAAACAAGUCACACUACUUUGACAAAAGCUGUACUCGACGCUUACAAUCUUCUUCCACCCAAGCUACGAAAGGAGAGUCUAAAUAAUAAAGAAAAUAGGUUAAUUGAAUUACAGUUGGAGAUGAAAAGUACUCAAGUACAAAAGAACAAACAUAUUUCAAAAGAAGAACAAAAAGCACUGACAGAAAGCUUAAUUCAACUGAAAAGAAAGGAGCAGUUGUUAAAAGACGAAAUUAGGAACUCUGAUCAUAAACUGCGUGAAAGACCAGCUUUAAAAGAACUUUUCAACCACACUUCUAUCCGAUCGGGAACAACAAGCUGGAGGAGCUGCAUAGAUAGAAUGAAAAAUGAGUACAACGAACCUGAAAGAUUAAACGAGUCGGAAAAAAUAUUCGUUGGCGAUAACAUUGUGAAUUACUCGAAAACGUUAGUGGUCACGAAACGUUUAGAACCACGCCGAAAAUCGAAGUCUGACGUGCAGAGACGUUUAACAAGCGAAUUGCUUUCGCUUACGGAGGAUAUCGAGAAGUUUCGAAAAGAAACUUCCUCUGACUUCAAAGAAUUGAACAAGGAGUUCGAACAGGUGAAAGCUACUGUUGGACAAGGGGAGGUCUUUCCCUCUUUAUUCGAUCUGGAUAAAGAACGAGUGAAGCUUCCAAAGAAAGUCGAGAAAAGAAAACGAGCCGAAGAAAAUCUCAUUUUGAAGAAGCAUCUCAAGGUAGAGGAAAGCGAAUUAGACUUUUAUUCAUUGUUUACAAAGUUAGAAGAAAACGAAGAAUCAAGUGAAGGUAGAGCAUCUAAAAUAAAUAGUCUUCGUUCUUGGAAUUUUCCUAAAGAAAGGACGCAGCGAUCGAGAUUAGCGCCCACCGAACCAGAAUCUAAUAGCAGGUGUAUAGAAAAAUCAACAAAACGUAACAACCAUCGUUCGAAUUUUUCUGAUCAAAAAUACAAAAGCAGUUCCUUACCUAGAACAAGCCCUUUAAAGUAUCCAUCAAAUGACCCCAAGGGAGGCUCCUUGAAAAGAAAAGACUUCAAGAGGAAUUCGUUAAGAAAACGAAAAAGAUCCGAUUCGCCCGAGAAUACUUUAGCUUCAGAUUUUGCAAAUAUAUUCAAACAGUUGUCAUUCGCGAGCGAUACCUCGCCUGAAACAGAAGAUCGCGAAGUGAAAGACAUUGUCGAGGACGUUCUGCAUCAUAAUCUAAAGAACGAAAGUUUUUCUCUAGCUAAAAAUAAAGAAGUUUAUUUGGGUAGUUUGUCUGAUUCUAAAAAUGUCGUGAUUGCGCCUCAAAGUUUACCAACAGUUAUCAAUAAAAAAACAACUUUGAUUAAAGAUAACCAGUUUGUUGAUCUGCCAGUAAAAGAGAAUAAUACAACUAAAUCUUUCAACAGAACGAAUAAAAAUAUUUCUCUGCAAGAAGCAUUAGCUAAAAGAAAGCAGGAGUAUUUGCGAAGCUUGGAAGCGGAGAAAGACGCUUGUGAGGAAAAGAAAGAAAAUUAUUUAAUAACUCAAACAGAGCGAAAGGAUUCCCUAAAAAAGGAUACGAGUAAAACAGGGGAAACCGCUGUCGAGGAUACAACCGAAGACGGUAAUCUUUCGCAGUUGGACACUAAGUCUGUGUUUGCUUCCUCCAAAAACAUAUUUGAGCACCAAACCUAUACCAAAGAAACCCCCCAAAGAUUAUUAAUCAAAGAUCAAUCUUUGUUCAAAAGUUUGCUACGUGACCACCUACCACAUCAGCAAACUCUAAAUCAUACAGUUGAUGAUAUUCAACUAAGCAGUAGUGCCACACUCACUAAAAGAAAGGAAGACUUCGACAAAGCAAAAAGCGGAGUAGGACCUGAAGUACGUUUUAAAGAUAUUUCUGUUGACAAUUCUCCAUUAAAAGGAGAGACAACGUGGGACGUAAACAAUAAUAACAACAACAAUAUCAACAAACAUAACAAAGAUAACAACAGGGAGAAAACAGGUCAGUUUGUAGAUCAUUCCGUAAACAAAAUACUUCGAAAUAUCUCGUUCAAUAACAAAGAGAGUAGAAGCGUUGAAAGUAACACCAAGAGCGAGAAAGAAGACGUGAAGACGAUCCUGAAAAAGAUUUCAAACGAAUCUGAAAACAAUAAACGAGAUAAAAGAAAAGUUCGACACAUUCUUAGCCAGUUAUCAUUUAAUUCAGCAAGAAAUAUGGCGACAUUAGAAGAAUUAUUAGAAAUGCAGAAUAAUCCAGAUUUAACGGAGCAAGAAAAAAAGCGAGUUGCUUUCGACAUUCGAAGACGGCAACGUCAACAUUCGGAAAAAGCGGAGGGAAAAGUCGUCGUGCUGGAUAAAGCAACGUUGGAUAAAUUAAAACAAGCACAUCUCGGAGACGAACUGCCAUCAAACCGAAAUAUGAAUUUGUUUUAUACUGGAAAAGAAGCUGGCCAAUCAGAUGAUGCGGUUGAUUUGGAUAGUAUGAUAGCCAAUGAAAACAACAGUGGGAAAACUUUGGAAACACUUAGUAACCAAAGAUACAACGCUAUGAAUAAAAUUUAUGACGGCUCUCAAGUAGAACAUUCCAAUCGUCCGUUAACGCAUGGCAAUUAUUUUGAAACAGACGACAUGUUCUUUCACGAGUCUGAAUCUGAACAAGCAAGGCAAACGUUCAUCAGAUCGAAAAGUGAUGCAAGCGGCUUGGAAAGUAGUAAAGGCAAAAGAGUUAUUCGAACAAGGAGUGGUAGGAUCAUUAAGAAGGGUCCCGGGUUGAUAAAUCGAAACGAUCCCGAACAGGUGUCCUUUCAGCAAGAAAGUGAAUGGUUGGAAAAAUUAGUUGGAGACGCUGUGGAAAUUAACAAGUUAAGGGGAUAUGAAGACCUUGAAGCAAGAAAAUCUACAGAUUUCAUUGCGUUCGGAUCACCAAUGCUUCCCACUGAUGACCCCGAAUCUUUAAGAAGAGUUGCGGAAGCAAACGAAGAAGAAGAGAGAGAAAGACUUCGAACAAAAAGUAUGGACGUUUUAGAAGAAAAUAUCGAAAUUCAUUCUCGAAAAACAUGGUUAGAAAGUCUUGUUCAGAGUGAAGAUGAUAGUACAGUAUCAGCCACACCUCGAAGUCAGCCUAGCACACAAAGGGAUGUAAAUAUCGCCAACGAGAUAUCUGUUCCUCCACCUAAAACAGAAAAUCUAGACAAAGCAGAUGGCACGAAAAAGCCUCAAACGGUUUAUCACAAAUCAGACCCGUUCCAGUUCCUUGAACCUAUAUACACCACCCAAAAGGAGGUGAAACAUGAGGUAAAAAAGGAACAACAAAGACCAAAGGAGAUUAUUUCCGAGCAAACACCUACACAAGAGGUCUUCUCACCUACUGAAGAUGACGAAUCUCGUGGCAACGCUUACAUGCUUCCGUCAGCAUUGCGUAAACAGAAGAAAGAAAGUGUCAAUCACGCACCCAAACAAGUAGAUGCUGAUAGCCAACACAUCCAGUCGGUGAAGCAACAAAGAAGCAUAUUUGAGAAGUCGAAUCCGGCAAGCAAUAAUUUUAAAAACACGAACCAAACGAAUGGAUUUGUACGUAGCAACAGCCAAGCAUCUAGUCUGUCGUCUUCACGCGGUGGAAGUUCUGAUUGUCAGUUAACAACGUCCACAACAAGUCUAUCAUCAACGGGUGAGAUUACUGUUCCAGUUCAUAAACAGGAGCAGGCAACCGAGGAGGAACAGCUUAAAAUUCCAAGCGUGAAGGAGAAAAUGCGAAUAUUCAUGAAUCAGUCCGGUUCAAAAACAGACGAUGUAGUUUUGAGAAAGAAACCGUCGGAGAAGUCAUCGCCGAGGCCUAAGUCGUAUGGAGGUGCGAAUUUGAAGCAGUACACGUUUGGUAAAGAUUACGACGAUACAGAUAAUGCGCCUAAGUCUAAACAAUCUAAUGGCGUUAUUAUCGGCGGUGGUAAACAGAAACACGUUACAACAGAUGUAAAUAGCGCCACUAAACGCCACCACAUUGAUACUGACAGAAAUAACAACUAUGACGUGAGUAGUGACGUUAAGCGGAUUGAUAUCGUCGGAAAAGAGUACAAACAUUGCGUCAGAGAUCAAAGAAUUUUAAAAGAAAUUGAAGAAAUGGAACAACGAGAAAAUGAAAUUAGAAACAGGCGUAACACCGCAAAUCAUACCGAACGUGAGAGCAGUAAUAAACAAACCAAUAAUGUUUCUCCAAAUAGCAAUACUCAUUCUGUCAUUCCAAGGAAUGAAGCAGAAGGUCUGCAGGCAUUUCUACAAGAAAACGAAGUCAAGAAUUGAACUUUGCUUUCUAUAUACAACAAUAUAAGCUUGUAUAAUUGCACGCAUUCAUAUCCACGCAUUCCAGUAGCACAGUAGGAGUCGUAGCUAUUAAACAAAUAGAUUUUUGUUGCUACUUUAUAUUCACAAUACGAUUAUAGUUCACCCGCCGUAUCUUCUACAUUGUAAAUAGAAAAUUUAGUAGGUAAUUUAUUCUUCAGUAAAAAUCGUUUUUUUUUUGUUUAUUUUUUGAAAAAAUAUAGAAAAUUA